AUGUUUCGCCAUGUUUAUGUCCUCUCUUUGUUAGUACUCCUAGCAAUCAACACCGUUUCAGCAGUGGACUAUGCUGUCACCAACAGAGCCAGUGAAACUGCUGGUGGAGCCCGAUUCACCGGGGACAUCGGGAUCGAUUACAGCAAGCAAACACUAGCUUCUGCUACAGAUUUCAUAUGGAGGACCUUCCAACAAACUAAUGCUGCAGACAGAAAAGAUGUUCAGACAGUCAACUUGUUCAUAGAUGUCAUGGAUGGUGUUGCCUACGCAAUAAAAAAUGAAAUCCAUGUUAGCAACAAUUAUCUAGGAAACUAUUCAGGUGAUGUCAGAAGUGAAAUCACUGGGGUACUUUACCAUGAAAUGACACACAUAUGGCAAUGGAAUGGUAAUGGACAAGCCCCAAGUGGACUAACUGAAGGGAUUGCUGAUUUUGUAAGGUUGAAGGCAAAUUAUGCACCUAGUCAUUGGGUGCAAGCAGGGCAGGGUGACAGGUGGGAUCAAGGGUAUGAUGUUACAGCUAAAUUUUUGGACUACUGUAAUGAUCUUAGAAAUGGGUUUGUUGCUGAGCUUAACAUGAAGAUGAGGACUGGUUAUAGUGCUCAGUACUUUGUUGAUCUGCUAGGGAAGACGGUUGAUCAGCUUUGGAAUGACUACAAGGCCAAGUAUGGACAAUAG